UUUAGGACCCAGACGACUUUCAAUCAUUUGAACGAAUGGCACCUGUUGCGUUCAAAGGGAAGCCGGGAGGCCAGUGCUGCUGAUCGCGUGAAACCGUCGCGCGCUUAGUGAACCAAAUAUCUCUAAAACGCGGAGUUACAGAGUAACAACAUCCGUCCAUCGACUCGCAGCUCAAACAAACGGUGUCUCGUUAGACGAGGAACCGCGUAUCUAUCUGCCUCAGGGCGAAGCACAUAAUUGACUGAAUUAUUACAGUUUGGUGAUCUAGAUUGGCCAACAGAAUGCGUCUGAGACGUCGUCUCUCCCCCCUGAAGCUUACUAUUCUGGGUGGCACACUUUUUAUGGUCAUUCUGGUGGUGCUCCAGAGGGACGUUGGCAGCGGUUCGCUUCAGGACCCCUGGCUACAAGAUCUCUCUAACAAAAAGGAGAGGGUAUUGGAGAUGGUCCGUGGGGCGGUUAAUAACUUUGCCUUCCAGAUCGGAGCCCCGCAACCCCCGUCGGUGGGAGUGCUGCCCACCCCAGAUCGAAACUGCCCCCCGGGUUUCUACACUCAGGCCGAUCUCAAACCAUGGAUUGAGAGACCUCCUCAGGACCCUGAAGCACCAGGAGCCAAUGGCGCAGCCUUCCAGAAAGCCAGCAUGACUGCGGAGGAGGAGAAGGAGAAGCAGGAGGGCAUGACCAGGCACUGCUUUAACCAGUUUGCCAGUGACCGAAUCUCCUUGCACCGCAGUCUUGGAGAUGACACCCGUCCACCCGAGUGUGUUGAGCGAAAGUUUCGCCGCUGUCCUCUACUCCCCACCACGAGUGUGAUCAUUGUGUUUCAUAACGAGGCAUGGUCAACACUUCUGCGCACCGUGUACAGUGUUCUGCACACCUCCCCGGCGGCCUUCCUCAAAGAAAUCAUACUGGUGGAUGACGCCAGCACAGCAGAACACCUCCAUGAGAAGCUGGAUGAGUAUGUGAAGUCACUGAAGAUCGUGAAGGUAGUGCGUCAGCUGGAGAGGAAGGGCCUCAUCACCGCGAGGCUUCUCGGAGCCAGCAAAGCUCAGGGAGAAAUCCUCACCUUCCUAGACGCUCACUGUGAGUGUUUCCAUGGCUGGCUCGAGCCUCUCCUUGCUCGCAUUGUUGAGGAGCCCACUGCCGUGGUGAGCCCUGAGAUCACAACCAUUGAUUUAAACUCUUUCCAGUUCCACAAGCCUGUGUCGUCUGCCCGUGCCCAUAACAGAGGCAACUUUGACUGGAGUCUCACAUUCGGCUGGGAGGGUAUUCCAGAUUACGAGAACGCUAAACGCAAAGAUGAGACGUACCCAGUAAAAACUCCAACAUUUGCUGGUGGUUUGUUUUCUAUAUCUAAGGCCUAUUUUGAGAAAAUUGGGACCUACGAUGACAAAAUGGAGAUAUGGGGUGGAGAAAAUGUCGAGAUGUCUUUCAGGGUGUGGCAGUGUGGCGGACAGUUGGAGAUAAUCCCCUGCUCUGUCGUGGGUCAUGUGUUCCGCACCAAGAGUCCUCACACCUUUCCCAAAGGUACAGAGGUCAUUACACGAAACCAGGUGCGCUUGGCUGAGGUGUGGAUGGAUGACUACAAGCUGAUUUACUAUCGACGCAGCCAAAGUGCAGCUAAAAUGGCCAAAGAUAAAAACUACGGUGAUAUAUCUGACCGUUUGAAACUCAGAGAAACCCUACAGUGCAAGAACUUUUCUUGGUACCUAACCAAUGUCUACCCAGAAGCCUUUGUCCCUGAUCUUAACCCUGUCAAGUUUGGAGCUCUCAAGAACAGGGGAGCACAGCAAUGUCUGGAUGUUGGAGAAAGUAACAAUGGGGGAAAGCCUGUGAUUAUGUAUGUAUGUCACAACAUGGGCGGCAAUCAGUACUUUGAAUAUACAUCACAUAAUGAGCUGAGGCAUAAUAUAGGAAAACAGCUCUGCCUGCAUGCGUCCCCUUAUCCACAGCCAGUGAAGAUUGAGCUUUGUACGCUGAAGGGCAAAGGCAGCAGUUUGACUCCGGAACAAGAAUGGGUGUUCACAGAAGAUGAACUGCUGAAGAAUCCGUCCUCUGGAAACUGCCUCCAUAAGAAAGGAGACAAGAUAUUAAUGAGCCCCUGCAAUCCAGCAGACCAUCACCAGCAGUGGGCUUUCAGUUGACCCCACACUCCAAUCAAGGAGCAAAGACGUUCACUCCCAUAAGACCCACGAGGGAGGGCCAGCAGCCACAGCUCAGGCUGACAAACUUUCUGUAGGCCUGAGCGGAUGGACUGGGAGUGUAUUGGAUAGUUCAUAUCCAUAAGCUCCUGAAGACAUUAUGAUCAGACUGGGGUCAGGAUGCUCAGGGAAGACGGAGUGGAGAUCAUGCACAUCAACCCACUGGAGCAUCACAGAGUGAACAAUCUGGCAGCAAGAUUGUUUACUUGAUGCAAUUUAUUGCCUUAUUGAUGAUGUUUACUGCUGCUUUUAAAUGGUGUAGGUUUUAUUUAUUUUUAAAGAAAUUGAAAAUUAAAUAUUUUUGGAACAAUGUUAGUGUUAAGGCAAAUGAAUGGCCGGCUUGGCCAUGUUUGUAUGAUCCCAAUCAUUUGCACAUGCUGCAGGGGAUGAGGGUUUUCUUCAGCUCUAGUGAACUGUCACAAGACAGCAGUAGUUUCAGAUCCUUCUCUUGUGUUUUUGAAGCCGUCAGUAUGUAUAAAGCAGCAUGUGACUUGCAUUGCUUGAUUGUUUCAGUGUGCUGAGGUCUUUUGGGGGAAAUCAUGCUCUAAUAAUGUAUACAUGUAAUCAAACGUUUCGUCCUCUUCACCUUUACAUUAUUAUUCUUUAUGAAUUUUGACUACACAGAUUUAUUCUUCAAUAAUUGGAAAUUUCAAAUAUUUGAUUAUUUGAUGUAUGAAAAAAUACACACUCCCAGAUCAUUUGCUUGUGUUGUUUUUCAAAACAUAUUAUGUUCUGGUUGCUAACUGUUUAAAAAUGUUUAAAAACUAUGUUCACCAGUUUAUGAUCCUUAAGGUCCACUGUCCUGCAGUAUUUAUCGCCAACACUGACCAGGCACACCUGCUUAUAAUCUUCAGGUAAUCCUGAAGACCUGAUUUUCUUGUUCAGGUGUGUUUUACUCUGUUUGGAGCUAAACUCCUACAGGAGCAGAAUUGAAGAGCUAGUUACUGCUGUUAUGAUCACAAUUAUUGUGAAUACUUGAUAUUGACCGCCAUUGUGAUCCGCAAAAGAAAUAAAGCAACAAAAGGCUUCCGAAACCUUC